CCCAGGCCCAGCCCAGAUGCGGACAAUUUGUUGCAAGUACCACAAUCAGCCAAUCGUCGAGUUCAACUUCAACCACUCCAAAAAACCGAUCGAGCACCAGCAACCGAUCUACAUCUUGACACAUUUCUAUACACUCAACCUGAUCAACAACAACUCACUCAAACGAUGAACUCUACAAACCCAGAUACUCUCGAUGAUGAAGCUAUCAGCUCGUACCUGUCUUUCACUAAUACGACCGAUAUCCAAGCUGCUCGGAAUGCAUUACAAUUGGCCAAUGGGAACUUGGAGGCAGCAGUUGAAGCAUAUCUAGAUUCGACCCUGCACCAUCCCACACCAGCCGGUGCAUCACUAUCGAAUCCAGACCGAUCAUCAUACGAACAAUUGUCAUUAGACGAUUCGUCUCAAUCGGAUCGAAACUUGAUUCCCAUCAGUUCCCCUCAUCUAACGACCCCUGCUCAUUCGUCUGGUGGAAGACCGUCUCGACCUUCGAGAACCUUCGAUUCUGCCCCUCGCCCCUCUAGACGCUCUUCCUCAAAACUGCUUGGCUUUUUCUUUAGGCUAUGGAUUGGGCCGUUUAGGUUGAUUGCUAUUCCGGUUUCUUUUGUGGCUGAUCUUGGUUUGACAGUAUUCAGCUUGAUAGGAAGAUUACUAGGCUUACGAUUACCGACGAUGUCAUUCCACUGGCCAAGGCCAUCCUCAUUUGGCUGGAGUGGACCUACACCCAGGACGGAUCCACGGACGGCAGCAGAGAGAUGGGUUCGAGAGCUCGAAGAAGAGUUGCAUGCCCGGUCCUCCUAUACUACCGCUCAUCCAGGGGACCCUGUGAUCCCUAGAUUGCCCGAAUUCUUGCUCCUCGGGUACGAUGAUGCCGUGCAGAAAGCUAGAGAUGAACUUAAGGUCUUGAUGGUCGUCCUGGUCUCGGAAGAACACGAUGAUGUCUAUCAAUUCAAAAGAGGUACUUUGAUGGAUGAAGAACUCCUGAAUUUGCUUCGCACCAAAGACAUUUUGGUAUGGGGAGGAGAUGUGAAGGAACGAGAUGCCUCAUUUGCGGCCCAUGUUCUUGAUGCGACGACGUACCCAUUUGUUGCCUUUAUCUCACUGCAGGCGAAACGGCCAUCAUCAACGGUGACGACGAUCACCUCGAGUGUCAAUCGAUCGUCGUCGAAUGUGAUGUCAGUAUGCACACGAUUGGAAGGAUCGCCUGAGCGUUGGACGUCGAGUCGCUCGCUGAUUACGACGAUCAACACGGUAGUCAUUCCACGGACGAACGGGUAUCUGAGUCGACUACGGACGGAGAAGGCGCGGCGGGAAGCCGAUCGCCGUUUGCGAGAGGAACAAGACCGGGCUUAUGCUGAGGCGGGUCGACUGGAUCGGGAGAGAGUGAUGCGGAAGAAGGCGGAGAUGGAGGCGGAGCGGAAGCGGUUGGAGGAGCUGCAAUUGAGGGAGAUUGUCCGGGAGAAAGCACGCCAAGAGAAGCUCGAAGAGGCCGAACAGAAGCGACGAUGGCGGUACUGGGCCCGACGGGAGAAGAUGCCGGUCGAGCCUUCUGCAACCGACGGAGUGACGAUCGGCUUCAGACUAGGCAACGGCCGUCGAGUGGUCCGCAAGUUCCGGGCGGAUGCCCCUCUCGAAGCGCUUUAUCUCUUCGUCGAACUCGAGUCUACAUCCGCCGCUGGAACUCAGGACGAUUCUUCGGCCAUUCCACCCGCUCGUCCAAGUCCCGAUUAUCGACACACUUACUCAUUCAAACUCUCAACUGCUAUGCCCCGUCGUAUCCUUCCCCUACCCGAGCCUCCCUCUCCGUCUUCUACAACCCCUCAGCAGGUCUCCAUCGCUCAGUUCGGCGGCCUCGAUGGGGCCAACGUUAAUGUUGAGGGUAAUGUGACCGAGCCUAGCUCGGAUGAAGACGAAGAGGAAGAUGAAGAUGAUGAAAAUUAAUUUUGUGUGCUCUCGUUCUUUCUGCUUCUUCUCUUCAUGCAACAUACUUCUGUAAAUCCUCCUGAAAUCACAUCCCUCCCCUUCCCUUCCCUAACCAUCUCCUUUCUUUCCUCUGGCUUAACAGAUUUUAAAAAAAAUAAAAUAAAAUGCAUAAUCAUUAUCGUUGUUUUUCAUGUAUCUUAUUUAAACCAAAAGGAGAAAGUCUUUUAGAUAUAAAGGUGAAUGAUUCUUAUCUUAUUGUGGACAUUUCAGUGUUAUGCUCAAUACUAGCAUUGUAUUGUAUUGAAUUGAAUUGAACUGAUUGGGUUUCUUUAUGAUCAUAC